UCUCUCUCUUUCUAUCUAAAAAAUGGGGUUUCUUUGAUCCUUUUUUCCAGGUUUCUUCAUCGCCGCUCUCAGGAACAGAAAGAUCCGAGCUCUGCAUCAGAGUUGAUUCAUCCUUCAACUGUGAAUCUCCUAUGGAUGCUUUGUAUUUCGUUUGUUUCAGUCGAUCGAUCGGAGUUCCCUGAUUUCAUUUGUUCCGUUGUUUUGAGCUAUCAAGAAAGGGAUUUGAGUGUCCUGGAGUGGAUUUGGAGCUAUUUGGAAGAGGGAGGGAGGAUUCGAAGAACACCCAGAACCACAGAUUGGUUGGAGCAAGAAGGGAGUGAGCCCUGCGUUGUACACGGUGGGAAACUGAACAACGGAUUCAAGCGGCCACCUAGGAAUGGCCGAGAAUCCAUCUCUGACGUGGAGAGAAUGCGGAGAAGACCUAGAAUCGCCAGAUCUGUUGCACCUAUUCCUUUGUUGGUCGGGGUUGGACAAUACCCACGACCCGGGAAGACAAAGUCCAAGACAAAGGGAAACCAGAUUUGCGAACCAUGCCGUUGAAAGACGACCAGUUCUUGACAGAGAUUUUGUUGGUCGGGGGUGGAUUACUUAGGUUUGAAGGGCAAUCCGAAAAUGGAUUCCGGGCGGUCAAUUAAGCCAGUAAGGUCGCCUUUGCUGGAGCAAGAAGUAAUUGGUUCUAAGAUGAGUGGAACCUUUGGUUGGUCAAGAUGAGUGGAACCCUUGGUUGGUCAAUGGAUUUUAAGGGUACAGAGAGGGCUGCAAGAAGAUGCAGAUCAACGUAUUGUCGUUUUGCAUUUGCUGUAUUCUUAGACUACAACGAAGGUGGUUGGGUGUUUGGAACAAGGAAUGAACACAUGUGUACGCUGGAUUAUCCCAUGGUGAUGGAUUUUUAAUCUUGCCAUCCGCUUUUUUGUAUUGUCUUUGGCCCAUUGCGGUUGCAGUAGGUUGCAUUCGGGUUUCGGUGAAUGAGUUCAUUGAAGCUGGUUGUGGUGUGACCAUAAACUAAAUUCAGAUGAUACUUUACCUGGAAAUGAGGAAUUAGAAUUUGCUGCUGGAGUUGGAGAGCAAUCUCAGUCGGCCAUGCAAUGUUGAAGGAUGAGCCUUACAAGAGGUUAUUUGAUUUGGGAGCGUUCACUGUAAUGGCCUUUUGUUAUUACAAUGAUUCAGUUUGUUGUUUUUUUUAUUUGUGUCCGAUUGAUUUUUCUAUAGUAUAUUGGUGAUAAGCUUUACCUGGUUUUUCGAGUUUAUUAUGUAUAAUUGGUCAAUUAUUGAGAACUUGGG